GUGUUUACGCAGUGACGGCGGCCGGCGGCGGGUAGUCAUGGCGGCUCAGUGCGUGAGGCUGGCGCGGCGCAGCGUCCCGACUUUGGCGUUGUCUCUCAGGUCCUUUCCUCGGUUGUUGUGCACGGCUACAAAACAAAAGAACAGUGGCCAGAACUUGGAAGAGGACUUGGGUCAGAAUGAACAGAAGACAGACCCCCCCUCUACAGAGAAGAUGCUCAUGGAGGAGAAGGCCAAGUUAGAAGAGCAGCUAAAAGAGACUACGGAAAAAUAUAAGCGUGCUUUGGCGGAUACUGAGAACUUACGGCAAAGAAGCCAGAAAUUGGUGGAGGAGGCAAAAUUAUAUGGCAUCCAGGGCUUCUGCAAGGACUUGCUAGAGGUUGCAGACAUUUUGGAGAAGGCAACCCAGUGUGUCCCGAGAGAAGAAAUUAAAGACGACAACCCUCACCUGAAGAACCUCUACGAGGGCCUCGUAAUGACUGAAGUCCAGAUCCAGAAGGUGUUCACGAAGCACGGCUUGCUCCGGCUGAACCCUGUGGGGGCCAAGUUUGACCCUUAUGAGCAUGAGGCCUUGUUCCACACGCCGGUUGAGGGCAAAGAGCCAGGCACGGUUGCACUGGUCAACAAGGUGGGGUACAAGCUGCACGGGCGCACCCUGAGGCCCGCCCUGGUCGGGGUGGUCAAGGAAGCUUAAUGCCGCUUCGGGGUUGCGGUGUUUUUCCUGAUCACUUGCUCUAACUCUUGAAAGGCUGGUUCCUCUUUUCUCAUCUAUGAAUACAUUUGACCUCUUCCCAAAUCUUGUUAGAAAGCUUCAGUAGCCAAUGGCUAAACAGAAAAUUAAGCUGGUUUCAAAAUUACAUUGUUGGUGAACUCUAAAUUGCAUUGUUUAGUUAACACUGGUUUGGGGUACCCCAUGCUUAUUUUCUCAUAUAUUUAAAGAGGGCCUGCGGGACACUGUUGGACUUUGAGAGUAUCAUGAAUUAUGUUAUCUGCUCAAACUCUGGUGAACCUAAAAGUAUUUUAACUGAAUAAAACAUCUUCGGGAAUUCUGCUGUAUGGCUGCCUGGACACCUGCCUGUUUCUCCUGGAACCUGCUGAACACUAAUAAGCCACUGUCCAUUUCAUUCACUUACGGAAAGACAAGAGUUAAAACCUUUGUCUUAUUUAAACCUGGCAGUGACCUCUGUGAGGCAAAUAGGUGAGUUCAUUUAUAAGUAGUUACUCUCUGGCUGCUGAAUAUGAUUGACUUCUGCCUUUCUGUGGAGAUGUGAAGUGAACAUGUGUACCAUAACAGUCCUUGCCACCUUUAUUUUGCUGGUAAUUUGACAAAAUCAGUUAUUUUUGCCGUUUUGUUCGUCUGAAUGUAGAAAUGUUUAGAUCUAUAUUCAACUGGUACACACCACCUCAAAUUAUAUUCCCUAGUAAGAUGGACUUUCUGAGAAUAUGCAGACUGCAUGCUUGGUAUACUUUAAAUGUUAAUGUUUAAUUUUUAAAAUUUUAUUUAAGAGGAUUAAAGUCCUAAUAUGUUUAUUUUC